AUUAGUGAGAUCCUCGUUGCUAGGAGACUAGACGCCUCUUUCCGCUGGAGCGCGCAGCCUCACAGGUAGCAGGGCCCUCUCUUGUUCGAGGGCUGAAAUGUCUGGUCCCACAACCUCCCACAACAAGGGGCAGUUCUGGAAGGCCCCUUUCUAGGGACAUUUUUCUUCUACGCUCUAUAACGCGGGCCGAGGCGGGCCGAGGCUUCUUUCCCGGAUCCAAUCACCUGCCCCGCUAUGCUUAAGAAAGAAAAAAAGGCCAAGACGCCCCUGUCCGAUGAGGAGCAGCUGCUUCUGUUUCAGCAGAAAUUGCUGGCAGAGGAGGAGAUGGCCAAAAAGAAGGAGAGGCUCCUCAGCCAGUUCUUGAAGGACAAGCUGGCCAAGGAGGAACACAACAGUGCUCUGAACCUUAAUAAGAUUAACACACAGUGGAGAACCGUCCUUCGGGAAGUCAAGACCAGAGAACUUCUUAAGGACAUUGAGAUCCUCAGCCAAACAUUUGAACGAGUGGUGGACUGUAAGGACAAUGUCAUCAAGUCUUUGGCUAAAGACCUGUCUGAAGCCGAGGAGCAGUAUGCCCGUGCCCUGCGCAGCCACUUGCACAAUGUUGACCAACUCUUGGCCCUGCAGAGGCGCCGGCUCAGUCUCCUGGAGGAAAGUUACAACCUGGAGCUGGAAGCCCUAACCAAGGAGUUUGAGACAGAAAGGAAGACGAUUAUUGACCAACAUGAGAAAGAGAUUCGCUACCUACAAGAUAUCUUCAUGGCCAUGGAGCAGAACUAUUUGGAUUCUGAGUAUGAAAGCAAGCUGGAGUUCCAGAGCAUGUGGAAUGAUCUCAAAAACGUGAAUUUAGAAGAGAAGCACUUUCUAAGACUGCAACUGGAGAACAUAGUAGAAGAUCUGUGGAGAAAGUUCCAGGAUGUACUCAAGAAUUACACUGAUGCCACAGAAGAUCGAAAGGUUGCCUUUGAGACCCUGCAGGUGAAGGAUGAGAAGAGCUCCAAAGAGAUUGAAGUACAGAUGAAAAAAAUACAGAAGCUACAGGAUGCCAUAACUAUUUCAAAAGGCAAGAUCAUGAUACAUAGCCGAGAGAGUGAAGAUGAGAACCGGUAUAUCCGUAAUGACAAGGAAUUGGUGCUCAUACAACUGCGAAAACUUAAGGCCCAAAGGACUCGGGCCCGAGCAGCAUCCCAGAAGAACUUAGUCAAACUCACCCUGGAAAGUAAUGCUGCCCUCAAGGCCCUGCGAAAGAUUGUUGAUAAGGGUGAAAAGAUCCUUAAACUUGCCGAAAUAUGUAGGAAAUUUGAAACUGAGGAAGAAAAAGUGCUGCCUUUUUAUUCAUCAGUAUUGACUCCUAAGGAGCAGGAGGGGAUUGAGGAGAAUAAUUUAGAAGAGCUUACUGAGGAGCUCGCCAAGGUGAUCGGGGAUUACAUAGGGAUGGAGAAUUUCUGGAAAAGGUACAACAAAGUGAAGCUAGAGCAACUGAGCCUCCAACACAGACGAGCCCAGCUGCUAGAUAUCAAUGGGAGGCUGCGGGGGAUGCUGAAGCAGUACUUGGAUGGCAUCUCAGUGAGUGACGAAGUGCUGAGCCAGCUCAACCCACUCUUCAUAGUCAACCAUCGAAGCAACUUACCCCAGCCCUCAUCCACACCUACAGCCCAUCCAGGUGAUAAGCAACAUCCAACCACUUAAAAUAUCACUGAAGCAGCCCACGUGAUCUUCCACACCCCGUGAUCUAAGGGGGAAAAAAAAAUAUUUUCAAUCCCUAUUUUUUUUUUUUUUUUUUGAGAGAGGGAUGUAGGGACAUUGCUAUUAAAAAUUUCCAUGGAGUUUA